AUGUUUGUCCAGCUGUUGACGUACGGCUUGGUGGCUGCAUCUACUCUCCAGGGAGUCUUUGCUUCCACAAAACUUCCGAUUCUCGAUUUGCCUUAUGGAAGGUGGCGAGCAGCUAAAUACGACGAAGCUGCGGAUGACGGUUCUUACGGCCCACCCUGCAUUCCUGGCCCAGACGCUCCUGGAUUCGAGGACCCAUCAUACAAAAGGCAACAGAAGGCUGCUCGUGAAGACUGUCUAUUCCUUGACGCCUACGUCCCUGGGAAUGCAUUGAGAAACCGUGGACAUCGCAAGCUACCUGUGAUUGUUUGGGUUUAUGGCGGAGGGUAUUCGCUUGGAUCUAAAGAUCUAGCAAUUGAAGAAGGAAUCUACGACGGCAAUAGCCUUGUGCAGCGUGCUGCUGGAAAUGCCAUAGUCAUCACUUUCAAUUAUCGACUGAGUGCACUCGGCUGGCUGGCCGGGACCACAAUGGAGAACGAAGGAUUACCAAAUGCCGGUUUGCAUGACCAGCGUGCUGUUUUUGAAUGGGUAAGAGACUAUGUCCACCUACUAGGCGGAGAUAGGGAUAAGGUCAGCGCCUGGGGAGAGUCUGCAGGCGGAGGCUCCAUUCUCAGCCACAUUACCGCUAACCAGGGAAUCGUUGACCCUCUCUUUAAACGUGCCGUUGUUAUGAGUCCUGGCCUUGACUUCCCCAUUGACCGCAAAGGAUCAGUCGAGAAUCAGUUCAAAGCCUUCGCAUCACGAGCGGGCUGUGCUGGACAAGGGCUAGCAUGUCUGAGAGCAGCCAAUAUUUCGCAAUUGAUUGAGGCGAGCUACAAGGAUCUGGGCCAGAUUGGACCAACUCCCGAUGGGCGUGUGCUUAAGCAUGUAUUCUCUGUUGAUAUUGCUCAAGGGAAUUACUGGAGACAUCUCGACUCUCUCAUUAUCUCCCAUGUUUAUGAUGAGGGUGGCCCCUUUGUUGGAAAUGACAGCACUCUAGAAUCCCUCUCCGGCUUUCUCAAGUCGAAUUUUCCGACAUAUGCUACCGAAGCUGUUUCCACACUUGAGGACUACUAUCACCUGAAGGCGCCGUCCAACGAAUCUGUGAGAGCUAUUGGCUCAAGACUCAUCCGUGAUGCAAUUUUCACUUGCAAUAUACGCGAUAUACUCCGAAAAUACUCAAAGAAGUCUUAUCUCAUGCAGUACUCUCCCAAGGAAGCGACCCAUGGCCAAGAUGUGUUCGCCCUUUGGUACUCACCCAAGUUGUGGAAUGUUUCUAUCCCUCUUUUCAGCGGUUACCAGUCCUACUUUCUCAGCCAUGCUAUCACAGGUGAUCCAAACACUCUACGGGAUCGUGAUAUCAGCCCACCAACCAUUGCUUGGCCGAAAGUUGGGGACAUCAAUGCUGAGAAGCUUGAGAAUACCUUAGACGUGGUGGACACAGGAUAUAAACUCAUAUCCGAUAACCAAGUCUUGAAGAGCACCUGUGAUCUCUGGCAAAAGCUCCUCCUAGACGUUACCAAGCAAGGGGGCUAUCUGGACAUUUGA